GUGUCUUUUGACAUCCUCGACACCAAGUUCGACAUGAUUCUAGGCAUGUCUUGGUUGCGUAGCGCCGAUCAUCCGGUGAACUUYCAUGACCGAACCGUUCACAUCCGUGAUCGGAACRGAGUGUUAGUCCCAUGUACGGUCGCRACCCCUCACACUUCGAUUGCUUGUCACGUGGUUUCCGUUGCGAGAAUUCGCGACGCCAUAGCUCGGAAUGACGUCGAGGAGAUGGGCCUUGUAUUCUUGCAUGCUCUCCCCUCGCCGGACGGACCAGCCGUGUCACCGCCGGACCCACGCAUCACUCACCUCUUCGACGAGUAUGGAGACGUCUUCGAGGCUCCCACAGGAACGGUUCCGGAUCGGCCCAUACGUCACGGGAUCACUCUCGAGGCUGGCGCCGUCCCUCCGCGUGGAUGUAUCUACCGCAUGAGCGAAGAGGAACUCGAGGUGCUUCGCGCACAACUCGAUGACCUUCUCGACAAGGGUUGGAUUCGCCCUAGUUGCUCGCCAUACGGUGCMCCUGUUCUCUUCGUCCGGAAGAAGAACAAAGAUCUACGGUUAUGCAUCGAUUAUCGCAAACUUAACGCACAAACCGUAAAGAACGCCGUCCCUCUCCCUCGGAUUGAUGAUCUCCUUGAGCGGUUAGGCGGCGCGACGUAUUUCUCGAAGUUGGAUUUGAAGUCGGGUUACCACCAGAUUGAAAUCCAGCCUCAAGAUCGGUACAAGACCGCGUUCAAGACGCGGUACGAGCAUUUUGAGUGGGUUGUCAUGCCAUUUGGCCUCACCAAUGCCCCCGCGACUUUCCAAGCAGCUAUGACGACUAAGUUUCGCGACGUGCUCGAUCGCAGCGUCCUCAUUUACCUCAACGACAUUUUGGUUUAUAGUAGGACAUUGGACGAGCACAUCAUACACCUUCGCGCUGUUUUGGAUCGUUUGCGACUGGCCAAGUACAAAGCGAAUCUCGACAAGUGCGAGUUCGCCAAGCAGGAGCUUGAGUACUUAGGUCAUUUUGUCACGCCGAAAGGCAUUCGUCCCUUAGCGGACAAGAUCCAAGCCAUCGUGGAUUGGCCGGAACCCCGUUGCACGACGGAUGUACGCUCUUUCAUGGGUUUGGCUGGAUAUUAUCAGCGAUUCGUCGAGUCAUACUCGAAAGUGGCCGCUCCUUUGUCGAGAUUUCAGUCCCCGAAGGUGCCCUUCGAGUUCGGCGACGCAGCCCGUGGCGCGUUCACUACGUUGAAGGCAGCGAUGCAAGCCGCACCUGCCCUCCGUAUMUACGACCCCACCCUWCCCACCCAAGUGACUACRGACGCUUCGGGAUACGGUAUUGGUGCGGUGYUGGAACAGUGUCACGAGGACGGUUGGCAUCCGGUYGAGUAUUUCUCCCARAAGGUGCCUCUCGUCAACACUCUCGACGACGCUAGGAAGAAAGAGCUACUCGCGUUCGUCACCGUUCUCAAACGGUGGCGCCACUUUCUUCUCGGUCGUUGGCGUUUUAAAUGGAAUACGGACAACAAUCCGUUGACCUUUUACAAAACGCAGGAUACGGUCACUAGCACGAUCGGUCGAUGGAUGUAUUACAUCGACCAGUUCGACUUUGACCCGUGCCACAUUCUCGGUCCCGCCAAUCAAGUUGCGGACGCCCUCUCACGACGGCCCGAUUUUUGUUCCAUUGUGACCACGACAUUCGACCUCGAUGACGAUCUGCAUCCGCAUUUCGUCAAAGGCUACAAGUCCGAUCCGACUUACUCUACGCUUUACGCGGAGCUUUCAUCGGAUCACCCGCCGGCUAGCCACUAUCGGAUUUCCGACGGGUUCCUUCUCCUUCACACGAGAGGAAAGGACUUGUUAGUUGUGCCCCAAGAUCGCAUCUUACGGACUCGUCUUCUCGGCGAAUUCCACGAUGCACGAAUUUCGGCACACCUUGGCGUGAACCGCACACUAGCACGCCUCCGCCAGCGUUUUCACUGGCCCGACGUCCUUCAUGACGUCAUGAGGUACAUUGAGUCAUGUGCAGUUUGCCACCCGCCUGAGCUCGCACGACUCUUGCACACCGGUUGGAUUACCAACCAGGGUGUUCCGGAAGACAUAGUGAGCGACCGAGAUACUCGCUUCAUGUCAGCUUUUUGGACUUCCCUUAUGGCUGAGUCCGGUACGACAAUGAAGCCGAGCUCGGCUCGACACCCGCUGACGGAUGGCCAAACGGAGCGAGCACACCAGACCGCUCAGAUGAUGUUGCGUACGCUCAUCCAUCCCGACCAAAAAGAUUGGGUUGACCGGCUUCCCGACAUCGAGUUCGCCUAUAACACUUCGGUGCACCCGGCAAUCUGCGUCACACCAUUCGAGUUACAUCAUGGUGGAGAGAAAGCACGGAUCUUCGCUGAUCUCCUUCUGCCACAGGCCGCCGACAUGGACGUCCCUUGCUCUCCCGCUUCCGUUCGGAAGUACCGGGACUUGCUGAUCAAAGCCCGCGCGAAUAUGCAAAAGGCUCAGGUCCGCAUGCAGCAGCAAGCUAACCGACGUCGACUUCCAUGUCCUUUCCGCGAGGGAGACUUUGUUUGGGUCCUCUCCGAGGAAUUUGUGCUCGAGCAGAACGUUUCGCGCAAACUCCUUCCGAAAUGGUUCGGACCAUGGGAAGUCACUUCUUCCGUUGGAGACGACCCCGCAGGUCCUUCCUUUGUGGUCAACAUUCCCCCGCACCUUCCAGUGCACCGGGUCUUCCACGCGUCGAAGCUGGCCAUCUACACGCCACCUUCCGCCGACGAGUUUCCCGGCCGUCGAUCACAGGAUCUGCCUUCUAUGGACGGACAUCAGGAAGUCGACCGAGUCAUCACGCACCGCGAGUAUGGCAACAAGCCAAUGCAGUUCAAAGUCACAUUCAAGCAAUGUGCGCCUGAUGACACUCGGUGGAUCUCUACUGCAGACUUGCAGACUUUUGCACCCCUCAUCUUCGCCGACUAUGAGAAGCGACGCCUUGCCAAGGAAGCAGCUCGUCCCACCCGACCCAUCCUGGACACAUCAGCAGGACACGUGAGCAGGCCACGUCAGCAGGCCACGUCAGCAGGACACGUCAGCAGGACACGUCAGCAGGACAUGUCAGCAGGCCACGUCAACCGACAGCAGUGCCGUGUCAGCAACAGGGAGUACCACGUCAGGAGGCCCCCAGCCUGGUCUAUGCUCACGCGCUCGCAAACAGCCGUCAUGGACCAGAAGUUCGGGGAAACGGACGAGGCUUGUCAGGCCCGGAUGCUGCUUCUGAUUACCGAAGCUAAGCAACGGUCGGAUGCAGUAGCAGCCGCAACAAAGCAGAAGGCAGAGGACGCCGAGAAGGCACGUCUGCAAUUGAACAGCAGCGCUUGCACGACGAGGCAGCAGCAAAGGCUGCCGAUGAAGAACGAGUUCAACGUCGUGAGAAGAUAUUCAGCGGAGAGCAAGCCUUGCUCACAAUGGCCGAGGCCGAGAAUGGCAAGAUGGAAGAUAGUGAAAACAAGAUCGCUCUACUCCUCUCCCAUCUCACGGACCUCCUGGCAACAUGCAUUACACAACAGGAAGACAUCCACAGCCUCGAGGCAUUGGAGAUUGGAGUUGGAAGAGCAGGAGGACAUCCACAGCAGGAGGUGUUGGAAGAGCUGGCAUCGGGGACAUCCAAUGCCUCGAGGCGAUCAGAGGUGUUGGAAGAGCUGGCAACAUGCAUUACACAGCAGGAGGACAUCCACAGCCUCCUGGCGACCCGUCACCGCCCCCGAUGCCAACUCUUCCAAGACCUCCGAUCGCCUCGAGGCAUUGGAGAUUGAUGUCGGCUCCCUCAAGGACGGCGUGCAGUUACAGCAAACCGCUACGCAACAGUUGGAGCAGCGGAUCUGUACUACCGCCAACCACUCGAGCUCGGAACCACGCGAGACAGCUCCAAAGUUCGACGGGCAGGAUAUCUUCUGUGACUCGACGAAGACCGAUCCGAUUUCAUGGUUCCGCAAGUUUGAGCUCACGUUGCAGCUACACUACGUCAAAGAACACAAGCACCACGGGUACUUGUACUCCCGGUCGGGGGGCGCAUGCCAAACAUGGUUGGACAAUCUUUUGUCCAAGUACGGAGUGGUAGCUGCCGACUUGCAUACCAAGAUCAGUUGGGAUGCUCUGAAGGCGGCGUGGCAUAAGCGGUUCCAAGUAGCGCCCGGAGAUCAAGGCAAUGGACAAGCUAAUGGUCUUCGAACAAGGCACGCUGCCGAGCAAGGGCAAAUCGGAAAACUGAGCACCAUCGGGAGUGACUCGACGACACUCUCGACGCCUUCGGAACCGGUCACUUCGCGGUUGACCACCCUUCAUUCCGAGGCACAUGCGGAAGUCGAUAGUCCUCUUCUUUAUUCUUUUGAGGACUAUGCGGCGUGGCUCGUUCCUACGCUGGGUACUCAUGCUCAAGGACAACACGUGUGUGCGACAUCUUCUCCGUCCAACAACGACAACUUUUCGUCUUUAAGUGGUUCUUCACGGGUUUCGGCACGCGACUUCAAAAUAAAGGUAUUGGACCCGCUCACGUCCGGGGAUUUUGCAUGGCUUCCUCUCCUGACCAUGGGCCGCUUGCCGGGACCGCAAUGCGUAACACUAUGCGCUCAUCUUCACACGUACUUAUCUUUCUAUGCACCACCAACUUCGCCGACGGAUGACGAAGUCACGGUGGGGGACAUCCUUGCGUAUGUUACCACGGUGGCCCGCGAGUUUCGCAAUCAGCGGUACGACGACAACAACGCACCGCUCGUCUAUGUCCGCAUCCAAGUUGGGCAAGCGACCUGCAGCGCUUUGCUGGAUAGCGGCGCGUCUCGCAAUUUUAUGAGCCAAACCUUUAUGCAAAAGGCUGGCCUUGGCGCACAAGUUCGAAGGAAGGCAAACCCGACGGCGAUCAAGUUGGCGGACGCAAGGACGCAGCAACUUAUCGACCUCUACAUCGAGGCCGUACCGGUAAAUUUCGCACCUCAUGCAUGCGAACCAGUGACAUUUGACAUUUCGGACACGGACUUCGAUAUUAUUUUGGGAAUGCCUUGGCUUGCAAAUGCGGAUCACACAGUCAACUUCCACCAGCGGACUCUUACCGUUCACGACGCCUUCGGUGCCGAAGUGUCGUUUACUAUUCCUAUUCCGCACCCUUCGAUUCGGUGUCAAGUGGUGACGGCCAAGUCAUUCUGGGCUACUUGUGCUUACGAGCAGCUCGACGAAAUCGGCCUAUGUUUCCUAUGGACCAUCGCGGUAGCCGACUCUUCACCCACGAACUGGUCUUCGGGCCCUCGUGUGGUACGGUUGCUUGACGAGUUCGCUGACAUCUUCGAGUCACCUACUGGUGUGGUGCUGGAUCGGUCAAUCUCUCACGAGAUCAUUCUUGAGGCCGGUGCCGUGCCGCCGAAAGGUUGCAUUUAUCGCAUGAGCGAGGAGGAGCUUACGGUCCUCCGCGCGCAACUCGAUGAUUUGUUGGACAAGGGCUGGAUCCGCCCUAGUAGCUCUCCAUACGGAGCGCCAGUUCUCUUCUUACGGAAGAAGAACAAAGAUCUAGGAUUGUGCAUCAACUACAGCAAGUUCAACGCGCAAACCGUCAAGAAUGCGGGGCCUCUUCCUCGCAUCGACGAUCUUCUUGAGCGAUUGGGCGACGCAAAGUAUUUUUCUAAGUUGGAUUUGAAGUCGGGAUAUCAUCAAAUCUCGGUCCGACCGAACGAUCGUUACCAAUCGGCGUUCAAGACGCGGUAUGGGCAUUUUGAGUGGGUGGUCAUGCCUUUUGGCCUCACCAACACCCCGACGACCUUUCAAGCGGCAAUGACCAACGAGUUUCGUGCAGUGUUGGACCGGUUCAUAAUGGUCUACUUAGACGAUAUUCUCGUCUAUAGCCGAUCAUUGGAGGAUCAUCUUGAGCACCUUCGACGAGUGUUGGAGACGUUCUGCGCCAAGUACAAGGCCAACCGCGACAAGUGCGAAUUUGUCCGGCAAGAGCUGGAAUACUUGGGCCAUUUUGUCACACCGGAGGGCAUCACUCCACUAUCAGACAAGAUUCAAGACAUCCAAGAGUGGCCGGAGCCACGGAACGUCACGGAUGUCCGUUCGUUCCUUGGCCUUGCUGGCUACUACCAGCGUUUUAUCAAGGGCUACUCGAAGAUCGCGGCCCACUUGACCAAGCUUCAAUGCAAGGAUCGGCGGUUUGACUUCGGAGCGGAUGCGCGGGAAUCAUUUUUGGCUCUCAAAGCUGUGCUAUUAUCUGCGGAGGUCUUGCGCAUAUAUGACCCGCUUUUGCCUACGCGUGUCACUACGGAUGCGUCCGGCUAUGGUGUCGUCCUUGAGCAACACGAUGGCGUGGACUGGCACUCGGUCGAGUAUUUCAGCAAGAAAGUGCCCACCGUGCAGGACUCGGUCGAGUAUUUCAACAAGAAAGUGCCCACCGUGCACUCCAUUGACGAUGCACGCAACAAGGAGUUCCUCGCCUUCGUCCACGCGCUCAAGCGGUGGCGGCACUUCCUCCUUGGUCGAAGCCAAUUCCGAUGGGUAACGAACAACAAUCCGUUGGUCUUUUACAAGACCCAAGACACCGUCAACAGCACCAUCGCUCGAUGGAUGGCUUUCAUCGACCAGUUCGACUUCUUUCCCGAUCACAUUCCGGGGAAGUCGAACCGUUUUGCAGAUGCUCUUUCACGGCGUCCGGAUCAUUGUACCGCGGUCUAUUCAACCUUCGAGAUCGACAACGACCUGCGGGACAGCUUCAUCCACGGCUACCAAGUCGACCCCGAGUUUCGUGACAAGUACGCGAAUUCCUCCUCUCCUAAUCCGUCGCCUUCUCACUACCAGAUCCAAGAGGGGUACUUGCUUGUCCACACACGGGGGAAGGACCUUUUUUGCGUACCGAGUGACCCUCACUUGCGUACACGGCUUCUUGGCGAGUUCCACGAUGCUCCCACCAUCGGACACUUUGGAGUCAAUCGCACAAUUGGCCGACUUCGCGAGUGCUUUUGGUGGCCCGGCCUUCUCGGCGACGUCGCAUGCUAUUGCGAGUCAUGCGAGGUUUCCCGACGCUGCAAAUCCCGCAACCAUCGUCCAUACGGCGAGUUGCGACCAUUACCGGUCCCCUUGUGGCGAAGGGAAGUGAUUGCCAUGGACAUUACCGGCCCGUUCCCCAAGCACAAGACCGUCGUGGAUGGGAUUCUCACGGUGGUCGACCGACUCACCAAGUUCGCCAUGUUUUUGCCUUGCCGCUAUCAUGCCAAGGCACCGGAGUUGGCCGAGGUCCUUUAUGCCGGUUGGAUUCGAACCAAGGGUUACCCCAAGGAAAUCGUUUGUGACCUCGACACUCGGUUCAUGUCCGAUUUUUGGUUGGCGCUCAUCAAACGAUGGGGCUCAUCUCUCAAGCCAAGUUCGGCUCGCCACUCCCAAACCGAUGGCCAAAUGGAGAGGGCACAUCAGACCGCACAGGUUCUCCUUUGCACUCUAAUCCGCCCCGACCAGAAGGAUUGGGUUGAGCGGCUGCCGGAUGUCGAGUUGGCCUACAACUCGUCCAUCCACCCGGCUAUCGGGAUGUCGCCCUUCAAGUUUGAUGGACAAGCAUCUACUCAAAUGAAUGUGGUGGUCGACAUGCAGGUAGAUAGGCCGGUUGAAGGAAUAUCAUGGUCUAAUGUGCCGAUGCAAAUUGAGCCACAUAGUGAUGCAGAUGGUGUAUUUGGAAAUUGGCUCGCCGAUGCUCGCACGAAAACGAAAUACUUCGAGGAAUGUAGUGAACGAUACGAGUAUGGCAUGGCUUCGCAGAUUCAUGACAUGGAGCAGCGGCUGCUUCAGCGUGAGUCUAAAGUGCCUUAUGGUAUUGCAGGUAAGGUUCCGAACGAUUCUGCAUUGAAAAGAGAAUGCAACCGCUAUAUGACAGACAAUAAAGGCCUUCGGUGGACUCAGGACGAGUUGCUUGGGAUGUUGAAGAAGAAGGAGGCGGAAGUGACUAGCCUGAGGAGUGCAUUCGCAAAAAUUGAGGUGAAUGCACGAUCAGUGCUUGAAAGUUUCCUGGAAAGGAAACGAAGUGAAGAGGUGAGAGAUUGCUCUUUGUCCGGUAGUGUGGAUGCGAAGAAAGAGGAUGAUGUUGGCGAGGACAUUGUCAGCCAACUUACACCUUUAAUUCAAUCCUCCAUUAGAAAUGACUUACUUGACCAAGUUGUUGAGCUUAGUACUAAAGUUGAUCCGCAUGUGUCCCAAAAGUGUGAGUAUUUGCGUCUACGCUGUGAAACAGCCGAGAGUGGAUUGAGAAAAUUGUUGUCGGCGGGUGCCUUGCCAUCGAUUGAUCCUUCUUUUGCAUCAAAGGUGUUUGAGCUUCCAUUACGUCGAACUUUAGAAGAGCUUCCGAAAAGUUGUUUGAUUGGUAUGUUGCAAUCAUUGCGAACAGUUGGUGUGGAGCUUGCACAUAGAAAUGCUCUUUUGGAGGUGUUACUCUCGGACAAUUGUACAAGGACGCACGAGAAGAGUUAAUGGACGCUGUGUUUCAACAUAGUUUCUCGGAUCAGUGUGGUGAUGGACUAAUGAAUGGCAUGAUGGCGA